CUACAUUUUUUUUAAAUCAUGUAUUUUUCCCCCACAAAUGAUAAACUAUAUAGAAUAAUACUAACAACUAGUGGGGUCACCUGCCAAGGGGAAAACAGCCGUUUAUUUGAGGCACGGCGAGGAGGCCUCUAUUUGAGGAAAUACGAUAUUGAGAAAGGAAGUUGAAUGUUUGAAAUGUGUUGAAGAGAUUUAAAGUAAAUAUUUACAGGACGCAAAUCCACAGAUGUCAAGCCUCCAGUUCCAAGCAAAACCAGAAAACUCCUGAAUCCAAUCAUGUAUGUGCAUACAGUACGUGUAGAUCAUUCCAGGGGAUUGUCUGCUCGGCAAGUAGACGAGGACUCUUUCACCAGUAGAACGUCUUGGUGAGGAAACUGGCGGCGGCGUUGAGCCAGCUCCCGCUCGAAUCCUCCUUGGCGGUGGUGCGAGACACGGCGCGGUCCCCCUCCUUCCCAGGGCUCUCCUCCUCCUCAGGGAGGUAAUCCGGCAGGGCCGAGUUUUGCGGCACCUCCGCUCCAGAGGGGUUCAGAGGGAUGAAGACCUUGAAGAAAGUGGGAAAUGUUCAUGCCUAUAAUGCAAAAGUGACAUUUUAAUUAUGUUCUAACAGUAAUAUGUGUACCUAGAGCCAAAAUGGAAGCAAAAUCUAUCAUCUCCCUCACUGCUCCACUUUUGAGAGAAGAGGUGCUCAAACGGUUGAUAAUGAAGUUCAUGUCAUGAAAGAGACGUCCUUCGUCAGGCUUCGCUACACAUCUUAAAGUAAAGGCCAGCGCUCCGCCAACUAUACUGGACAUCAGUUGACUACAGUCGUGGCAGCUGUAAGUUUGAUCAAAGGUUAAGCUAGCAUGAUGAUGCGUUUGUGUCAUCUGUCCCAUCCCUUAAUGUUAUGUUGUAUAUGGCUAUUACGUUGGACACGUGCAGAGAUACAGUGUGUCUAAACAGUUUGGCUUUGGUCGAGGUUUGUGCUCAGAGUGCUCGUGGAACUGACUUUUCCUGAAAUGACUUUCUUCUGGCUUCCGAUUGGCUAAAAUGGCUUGACCCACCUCUUCUCCCGCCUCAUUCUUCACCACCUGUUGCGCCAACAGCACCUUGGUGUCUGCGAUGGCAGAAGCAAGGCUCUGCAAAAGUACAAUGAUUACUUUGUUACGCCGCUCCCGACAAACUCUUGCUAGGUGGCGCCAAAGAGAGAAGUGCCUUUCACCUCAGUGGGCAAGUCGGAGCGAAUGCGUACGGUGCAUCUCUUGGACGCCAUCUGAAAAGUGAAGCUGAUGACUCCUCGGACCUUCAGUAGAGCCGCCUCGCACAAGCCUCGCUGGUCCUUUUGUGAGACACGACACUUGUCACCACAUCAGGUGUGCGAUGCACAGGAAGAGGAGGUGCAGUCAGAAUUCCAUACACCUCCCGGGCCAAGCUGGUGAUGUCCAUUGACAGGUCGUCCCUAUGUCACGUAAUCAUGCACAAAACAUCACGCACACUUUAUUUCAAAUCACCUACUGUAUAAAGUUACCAAAAAAAACUAAGCUAGUAUUUGAAAAAUGAAAAACUAGAAAGGGGCAUAAUGUAUCCCACAGGGCAUCGUUUAUUUAUCUUCCAUAAUCCAGUAAAUUAUUCAGGCUCCAAUAGCAUGGCUUUUAUUAUUAUUUUUAAGAAUAUUGUGGCUAUCUUGUGAAAAUCAUAGUUGUGGGGAUUUGUGAAGUUACUCAAAUGAUGUAUUACUAUGUUCUGUGGAUUUCUGGUAUGUAAAUAAGCAAACAUUUAUUUUGUGUUUUGAAAAAAGAAUAUAAAAACACAAAAUUGAGAGAGACAUGCUUUUAAUUGAACAGCAAUGACGUGUUGUAAACAUUACCUCAUUUCUUUCAUUACUGCGUUAAUAUUUCUGUAGUAUUUGUGCUCAUUUAAAAAAAGAAAAACUGAAUUUAACAAAAUAUUUGACUUUUAUAAAUUUAUUUAUUUACUCAAGUUAGAGUGAAGAAUUGUUUAGAUUAUUUCUAUUUGAUAUUUAUUUUCAUCACUGGCUUGUUUGCACAGGGGGGGAGGGUAGGAGGCACUAUUUAAAUGUACAAUCAUUUUAACUUUUUUUUUUUUUUUUAAAUGACACCUUAAUUUGCAACAUUAUCUGGAACACCACCAACCUUUAAAAGGCUGCUGCUAAUUUACAACCAAUUAAAACAAAUGCAAAUCCUCCUGGCUGAGGUAUUGAUAAAAAUGUACAUGAAUACGCUAGCCUUUGAGGAAAACUGUCCUCACCUUCCCAUGAGGUUCUCCAGGCUCACCAUCAUCCCAAGUUCAUUCUCCAUGGGGGGGAUGUUGGGGGAUAACUCUGCCAAGUAGCGGAGUGUCUAAGGAUGGAAACGGAGUGUACAGUUUGUGUGUGACCAGGGUGUCAUAAUGAUGUUUUGUUCUACCUGCAAAGUUGCAAGCAGCACUUCCGGGCUCUGGUGGUCCAGAAAUAAAACCAGCCCGGGUAGACAGCCUUGGUCCUGUACGAUGGCCUCGCGGUUCUGGGGCUCUGACGCCAGAUCCCGCAACUGGCUCACCACCGACAGUGCGUCCAUCACCUUACCUUAAAACACACGCAGCCAUUUAUUCAUAUAUUACUUUUUGUUUAUGACGUUAACUAUGCGCUUGCCAGAUGCUAACGCUAGCUAGCUAGCUAGCUUACCAAGCUAACUACUUUUAACACUCAAAAGCAGAUUAACUGCCUAAAAGACAACAGUACCGAGUGGUCGGUGUAAAUAAAAGCGAUAUAGAGACUUUAAUAGCGUGAAAAUAAUCAAUGAUGUUAGUUUUGUCAUAUUUUCUUACCCAGUAGAAAAGCAGCUCGUGGCUACUAAUACAAAUUUGGGGUCACUUGCUGUUGGUGGAAAGCGAUUGGUCGAUGACCCUUCAGCGUCAGCUCAUUCUAUUGGUUACUUUUAUGUCGGCCAAUCAUAGGAAAGUUUACUAUCAUUUUUUUCUAUUUGACUUAAUACGACUUGCUGACCUACAACGCUUCUGAGAAGAAGGUUUUAUUUAAAGUUUCAGUCCGAUUUGAUACUUUUGCCACUAUUAAGGUUUUAUAAUGGUCAUUCAUAACAACAAGGUGUGAUGAAUGUGACUUAGGAAGUAAAAGUCACUGUGCUGUUGUCCUCUCACCAAGUCACCAAACAGACAUAAAAGAGCUUUGCAGGACACAUUCAUCAAGUACUCCCAAUGUCUUUGCUAGAGGAUGUACUGGAUGUGCUGCGCAUGGUGCUGGAGUACUUUGGAGUACCUCCAGAAAUGCUGGUACCUGUGUGGGACAGUCCUCUUUGUGGACAGUAUCGCAGUAUUGUGCGAAUGAUCGGCUCCAACCUGCCUCUCACGCCCACACCACGUGUCUACUUUGAGAUCCCACUCCUCAGCUCCAGGGCUCAAGGAUACAUGGACGUCGCCGUGGAUGCGCCUGCCAUCCCAUCAUUUGCUGAUGUUCGGUGGGUGCUUGAGGAUGAGGGGGAGAGUUUUGCCAAGACCAGGAACCACCUGCCACCAAAGAAACAAAACGCAGCGGCGAGUCGAGACAUGAGGAAACGCCCAAGAGGGCUACCGAGGGGAGUCGGGCGUGUUGGACAGAGAACUGCUCCUGAAGCCUUGAAGAAGAUCAUGGCACUGGAGGGCGAGCUGCUGAAGCUGCGAACUCAGAUAGCCAUGAUUGUUAGCACCGGUCUUGCUCAGUCCCACAGUCCCAGCGUCACGCCGUUGAUGUCGCCCGUUCCGGCACCGGCUCUCACAUCCACACCUUGUCGUGCUCCUCCUCCGCCUCCGCCUCCGCCUCCCCCACCAUGUCCCAGCUCCUCCACCGACACAUCGUCUGUGUUGGAAAUGAUCCGACGGCGCAAGUGUCAAGGAAAAGACCAGGACAAAGCCACCACCGGCCGCGUCCCCUCCAUGUUGGACGUCCUCAAGGACUUGAAUCAAGUGAAGCUGCGUGCCGUGGAGAGAUCUCCGGGGGGCACGCCAGUCAAUCGACGGCAGAGCAAAGGGGGCGCGGCUGCGAAGAACGACCCAGCGAGUCUGAUUGCUGAGGCCCUGAAGAGGAAGUUCGCCCAGCAUCGCCACAACUCCUCUGACGACAAAGAGAAUUCCCUGGAACUCUCACAGUUUAGCAGUCCGGACACGGCCAAGACGUUUGAGCACGCGAGACGCAGCCGGGGGCUUCUCCAUUCAUGAUCCCAUCAAUGGACAGAUUGGUACUGUUAUUUUGUUUUCACUUUGAGGAGUGUUUGCCUGGCAGUAAGCGAAACAAUAUGUUGCUUUAACAGCUUUUUGUUGUUUUGUACAUGACUUUUUACUGUUGGUUGUUUGUGAUGUUCUGUGUUUGGAUAAAAUGUUGUUUUUUCAAAGGAGAUGGUAUGUCAUACUGUAAUGUGUGUCAGUGUUUCUCAUCGGCUUACGCUUGCGUACGUCAUGGCUGGAUGACCACCUUCAACACAAACGCUUGCACACACGGACGCACUAGCGUUAUGUUUGUUUGUGGGGUAAAUGUAUAGUAUCACGAAUUAACUGUUCAUUUACUAAUGCAUCCACAUGAUGAAACUUGAUUUUAUGAAUGCCUAUGGACAUCUCAAAUAGACACCUCACCUCUAAAGUGUAUUUAUACAAAUAGAAGCCUCCCCUCAAAUA